GCCUACGAGCCGGAGUCCGGGCUCUCACAUUCUUCUUCAGCUUCCCGGCACGCUGGCGGCCUCAGUCCCCGCCUCCCGGAGCCCGGACUUCCAGACACCGCCCUCAGUUGUUGGGUCAGCCCGUCCCGGGACCCCAGACGCCUAGGGCCCCUCUUUGGUCGUUUGCCCCGACAUCCCAGCCUGUGGCCUGAAACGGUCGCUCUCUGCUCUCGGGGGGAUGGCGCUGGGGAAAUGGGAGCGGGAGAGCACACCAGCUCUCCCUGUUCAGGUGGUCCACGAAGCUACCCAUGACAUCUCUCCCUGAACCCUCUUCUCUUCAUCCAUUCCUUCCUGGAAAGGAGGCUUGACCUCUCCUUUGCUUAGAGGACCCCAGCUCUCUAGUUUUCUGGGAGCUCCGCAUGAAAGGGUCUGAGAGUCACUGGAGCUACCACAGCCACCAUGGGGCCCUGGGGAGAGCCAGAGCUCCUGGUGUGGCGCCCCGAGGCAGCAGCCUCGGAGCCCCCAGUGCCCGUGGGACUGGAGGUGAAGUUGGGGGCCCUGGUGCUGUUGCUGGUGCUCACUCUCAUCUGCAGCCUAGUGCCCAUCUGUGUGCUGCGCCGGCCCGGCGCUAACCCUGAAGCCUCAGCCUCCCGCCAAAAAGCCCUGAGCCUGGUAAGCUGCUUUGCGGGUGGUGUCUUUCUGGCCACAUGUCUCCUGGACCUGCUGCCCGACUACCUGGCUGCCAUAGAUGAGGCCCUGGCGGCCCUGCAUGUGACGCUCCAGUUCCCCUUACAAGAGUUCAUCCUGGCCAUGGGCUUCUUCCUGGUCCUGGUGAUGGAGCAGAUCACGCUGGCUUACAAGGAACAGUCGGGGCCACCACCUCGAGAGGAGAUGAGGGCUUUGCUGGGAACAGCGAAUGGUGGGCUGCAGCACUGGCAUGACAGACCAGAGGUCCCACAGGCAGGUGGGGCCCCGGCAGCCCCCUCAGCCCUGCGUGCCUGUGUACUGGUCUUCUCCCUGGCCCUGCAUUCAGUGUUUGAGGGGCUGGCAGUGGGGCUGCAGCGAGACCGGGCUCGGGCCAUGGAGUUGUGCCUGGCUUUGCUGCUCCACAAGGGUAUCCUGGCAGUCAGCUUAUCCCUGCGGCUGCUGCAGAGCCACCUGCGAGCACAGGUGGUGGCUGGCUGUGGGAUCCUCUUCUCAUGCAUGACACCCCUGGGCAUUGGACUGGGUGCAGCUCUGGCAGAGUCAGCAGGGCCACUGCACCAGCUGGCCCAGUCUGUGCUGGAGGGCAUGGCGGCUGGCACCUUUCUCUAUAUCACCUUCCUGGAAAUCCUGCCCCAGGAGCUGGCCACUUCUGAGCAGAGAAUCCUCAAGGUCAUUCUGCUCCUAGCAGGCUUUGCCCUGCUCACUGGCCUGCUCUUUAUCCAAGUCUAGGGGGCUCCAAGAUAUGCACGGGAGGUUGGGUAUCACGUGCCCUUGACCUUUCUCCCCCUCUCCCAGUGUGUGGGGAAUAGGAGGGAGUGGGGAAGGGAGGUACUGAGGACCAAAGAGUUCUCUGGGAGGUAAGGAUGAAGCCUUUGGGACUAUUUGGCCAAUGAGAGGGAAGUGGGCAGACAAGAGCCUGGCCCCCAGGCCCAAGGGACAAAAGAUGGUCAAGUCACUAGAGACAUGAUCAAGGGACAUUAGUAUUGGGGAAGACACUGAGUGCUGGUAUCAGGGAUCAGACACUACACAUAGGGACAAGCUGAUAGUUGGGAGGCUGGAGGUGGGUACCCAGCUGCUGUGGGAUAGAGGUAUAGAGAGGGCAUAGGCCCAGAGUCAGCAGUCCUGUUGGUUCUAGCCCAUUUCAGCCCUCUGUCACUUGGAGUGGACCCCUCCAACUUUUCUUAGCUCCUACUUUCAUAUCUAUCUUCCUCUUCCCUUCUCCCAGGGGACUAGUGCCAAAUGGCAUCUUCCUGCCAGUUUUGGUACCUUCUCUGGCUUCUCCAGUCCUGGUCACUCCUGUAUUUUUAAAGUGCCAAAUAAAUCCCCUCCCUCUUUCUCAAAGCACAAGUGAUGGCACUGAGCCCUGCCCAGCACCUCAGUGGAAGGGGUCAGCUUGCUCUUUGGUCCCAGAUUGUGGUGUAGGACAGAAAUGUUUGCUGAGGUGGGGUGGGGGGCAGGUUGGCAGAGCUACCGUCCCCCACUACUGCUGCACCCUAGGAAUACUGAAAAUGGACAUGGUGCCCCGUGCCUAGAUGAUAAACACUGAGAUGCCAAAACUUUUUUUAUACCAGAGGAUCCCAAGGGGGAAGGGGAAGGCUCGCCCCCAGGGUUAUUUUUUGGGGCGGGAGGGCUGUGCAUAGGGCCAUAUUCUCUAGAAUCUAUUUUACUAACUGACCUGUUUUGGGACAUGUUACCCAAAUAAAACGAGUUUCUACACA